AUGGACGCCACCAUCAACUCCUCGGUGAUGCCCUUGUCACCCAAGAAACAGCGCGGCGCCGCGCCCGCCGCCAAGGGCGCCAAGCGCAAGCGAGCCGUGAAGCAGCAGCCGCCGCCUGCGCAGGACGAAGAGGUGCAGCAGCAGCCGAAGGAGAGCGAAGCCGAGAAGGGCGAAGCCGACCAAGAGGAGGAGGGCCAGGGGUCGCAGAAGAGCGCCAGGGCCAAGCGUCCGCGACGCGCCAAGAAGCAGCCGGCGCGCGAAGAGGAAGAGACGGCGGCCAACGGCGAAGAAGCCGACGAGGACCCCCUCAUGACGAACAAGAAGAGCGGCGGCGGCGGCAGCCAGGGAGGCAGCCAGACCAAGGAGGCCGACGGUGGAGACGAGGAGGAGAGCAGCGCCCCCAGCACUCCCACCAAGAAGGUGGUGCGACGGAAGCUCGCCCGCCGCACCACCCGAGGCGGCGGCCACUAA